AUGCCAAGAAUCUUUCGUAAUAUAGUCAGAUUUGGUCAAAUGAACUUUAAGAUGUGGUUUACAGAUGGUACUAACCAACAUGUUAAUAUCUUGAAAAAAACGAGUAAAUUUAAUCCUCCUGCCAACUAUAUGAUAACUUUGUUUGAAAGGGCAUGUGAAGUUGAUAUAAGGGAACAUAUGAAAAAAAGUAAGAACAAUGAUUACUGUAGUAACAUGAUCAAGAAUGAAGAGAUUUUAUUAAUGGAUCUGGUGAAAGACAAAGAGAUACGUUUAAUGAAACCAGACUAUAUUGAUGACAUGUUGAAUAUGUUGGCAGAGGAUACAUAUGAGGAAAGUAGUUUAAAUGAAAUUCAUGUUGCUUAUUCAAAAAUAGAUUUGUUGAUUGAUGAUUUAUUAUUUCAGGGGCAAAUCAAUGAAAUAGAUUAUAAUUAUAUGAAAAAUGAUCAUCCUAUGCUGAUACAUAGUUACUCUAUUUGCUUAUUCUGGUUUCUGUUGUAUUUAUGUAUUAUUUUACCCCUUUUUUUUUGUGCAGCUAUAUCAGAUGCAGGACAGAGUGGUGAUCGUUUGGCGCAGGAUUUCUUCAGAGAGGAGUACAUGUUAAAUUAUGCUAUUGGUACUUUCUCAAAGCCGUACGUAGCACUCAUUGAUGGAAUCACUAUGGGAGGUGGUGUUGGACUGUCAGUUCAUGGACAUUUCAGAGUUGCAACUGAGAAGACAUUGUUUGCCAUGCCAGAGACUGCAAUAGGUUUGUUUCCAGAUGUAGGAGGAAGCUAUUUUUUGCCAAGGCUGGAAGGCAAGCUGGGUUUGUACCUUGCACUAACAGGAUUUAGGCUAAAGGGAAGAGAUGUUCACAAGGCAGGAGUAGCCACUCAUUUUGUGGAGUCUGAAAGGUUGCCUGCUCUGGAGAAAGAUUUGAUAUCUUUGAAAGCUCCUUCAAAAGAGACAAUUUCAGAUUUGCUGGACGGUUACCAUGAGAAGAGUGAAUCUGGAAAAGAGAAACCAUUUGUACUUGCUGAACAUCUUGACAAAAUCAACAGGUUGUUUGAUUCUACCAGUGUUGAAGGAAUUAUCCGCAACUUGAAGCAAGAUGGCUCUUCAUUUGCACUUCAGCAAGCUGAGACACUGAUUAAGAUGUCACCAACAUCUAUGAAGAUAACGUUUAGACAGCUGAAGGAGGGAGCUACCUUGAGCCUAAAAGACGCAUUCGCUAUGGAAUAUAGACUGAGCCAGGCAUGCAUGAGAGGCCAUGACUUCUUUGAAGGUGUCCGAGCUGUGCUGAUAGACAAAAAUCAAAAUCCAAAGUGGAGUCCAGCAACCCUAGAGGAGGUAUCAGAUGAAUAUGUGGACAGUUGUUUCAAGCCCUUGGGAAGCAGUGAACUCAAAUUGUGACUGGCAUAAUCUUCUGCUUCCUGUUAUUGAGCUAGAAGGAGUCAUAAUUGUUUGUGACUUGCAGUGUUACUCAUGAACUGUGUAAUCUUUCAGAAUUUAGAGAUGUACUUGUUAAGAUAAAAGUCAUGUGCAUUGUGUUUGAUCUGUUCUUAAUUUGCUUUAGCUGUACAUGUGUACACGGUUUGGUUAAAGUAAAUCAUGAUGCAAAUAAAUUGAAAAACACC